CUUUUAGUGCGCGGGUAGCAAAGGAAAAGGAGAGAUUAAUUAGAACAAUGAAUCCGUACCUCCAUGAUUGGAACGUUUUCCGUCAGUCACAGUUAAAGGUAUCUCAUGAUUCACACGUCUAUAUAAAAAGGCUUGUUUAGUUCAUAAGUUCAGGAACCUGAAGCUCCAAAAGACCGGGUGGGAAAGAAACAGAGUUCCGGCAGGCAUGGAAGGUAAAGUCAGGAUUUUGAGCGUUAUUUUGUUGUCGUUGGCCAUCAACAAUUGGGUGGUCAGGGUAAUGGGAAAGAAGGAGGGAUAUGCAAGCGAGCUAGACCCCAGAGUGUUGAAGCUGAAGAAAGAGAAGCUCACCCAUUUUCACUUGUACUGGCACGACACAGUGGGCGGGAGAAACCCAUCGAGCGUGGCAGUAUUGCCAUCGCUGAAGAACGGGUCGACGUUGGGGCUGAUGCACAUGUUCGACAACCCCUUAAGCGUCGGGCCUGACCUUAAGAAGUCGGAGCUGGUUGGGAGGUCGCAAGGAAUUUAUGCUUCUACUGCACUACACCAGGUGGGGCUUCUCAUGGCCAUGAAUUUCGCUUUCACUCACGGUAAAUACAACGGCAGCAGCAUCACCAUCUUGGGCCGCAACGCCAUCCUCCAGAGGGUUCGUGAAUUGCCCAUCAUCGGUGGCAGUGGCCGCUUCCGCUUCGCCAGAGGCUAUGCUCUUGCCAAAACUUACUAUUUCAACCCCGCCACUUUUGAUGCCAUCGUCCAGUACGAUGUUUAUGUCUUGCAUUAUUGAUUUCUUGUCAUUAUUCUCCAUCUCUGCUUUAAUCUUAUCACUAAAAACAUUAGUGUCACGUUGUCUGUAAUUAAAUUAAUAAAUGUUUUCUUAAUAAGACCCUAACUGUGCUUUGGCUUUACCAUUCAUAGGAACCACUCAUUUCUUAUUCCAAUUCACGUGGAUGGACCCAUCCACUUUAUUCAA